UGUGUGUGUGUUUUCUGACCAGCUGAAAAUGGCGGCGGCCCGGACCGUCGACAGCUCCUAACUUUUAUCGCACAAUAACAAACGCCUCGCACAUACUGGGCCUUAUUUUUCCAUGUAACAUGGGGAGAAACCUUUUCCGGAGGCUUCAGACGCGUUAGUCGGGACACAUUGCUUUCACCACACCGUCUGAACGGAGUUGAAACGCAAAGCAGACUAUGGAGGACCCUCAUACGCGGUGCAGCAAACGAUUGCGGACGGCUCCGCGAAGGCAGUACCAGGAUGAUGGCAUCUCAGACGACGAGAUUGAGGGGAAACGAACGUUUGACCUGGACGAGAAGUUGCAGUGUGAGAGGUUUGGCAGUGAUCUGAUCAAACACAUGGAGGGCAAAGAUUUUACAUAUGAAUACAUCCAGAGGGAAGGGCUCAGGGACCCCAUUAUUUUUAAGAUAACCGAUGGGCUCGGUUUACAAAUGCCAGACCCAGAUUUUAGUGUGAGUGAUGUAAAGGUGUUUGUUGGUAGUCGACGGAUUGUAGAUGUUAUGGACGUGAACACCCAAAAGGGAAUUGAGAUGUCUAUGGCUCAGUGGCGACGCUACUAUGAGACACCGCCAUCAGAAAGAGAGAAACUCUACAAUGUGAUCAGCCUGGAGUUCAGCCACACCAAGCUGGAAAACCUGGUCAAACGACCAGCAUCAGUGGACCUCAUUGAUUGGGUGGACAACAUGUGGCCCCGACAUCUCAAGGAGAGACAGAGAGACUCCACCAAUGCCAUUAUCGACAUGCAUUAUCCCAAAGUACAGAAGUACUGUCUCAUGAGUGUGCAGGGCUGCUUCACCGACUUCCACAUCGACUUUGGAGGAACUUCAGUCUGGUACCACAUUCUGCGAGGGGCAAAGGUGUUUUGGCUGAUUCCACCAACACCCCAGAACCUGGAAAUGUACGAAAACUGGGUUUUAUCGGGAAAGCAGGGGGACAUCUUCUUGGGAGACAAGUGCUACGACUGCCAGAGGAUAGAGCUCCAGCAGGGCAACACCUUCAUAAUCCCAGCAGGGUGGAUCCAUGCUGUGUACACUCCAGAAGACACUUUGGUGUUCGGGGGGAAUUUUCUCCACAGCUUUAACAUUCCCAUGCAGCUCAACAUCUACAACAUCGAAGACCGCACACGGGUGCCAGCGAAGUUCCGCUACCCGUUUUACUACGAGAUGUGCUGGUACGUCCUGGAGAGAUACCUUUUCUGCCUGACCAACGUCUCCCACCUCACGCCAGAGUUCCAGAAGUAUUCCUUGGGCAUUGGACUGACUCGGGCCGACGUCGACAAUAACGAGUCCCCUGUGAACGGCACCAAUGGAGUUGAGAGUGAGGCAGAAGAAAAGCUAAAGGAGGAAGAAGAAGAAGUGAAGGAAGAGGAGGGCCACGAAGAGCUGGGAGACCAAGCCGAGAGACCUCGGCCUGUGCUGACUCCCUUUGAACUGGAGGGACUGUGGAACCUUGUGGGGAAGCUGGAGGAGCUGCCAGUCCACAAAAAGUGUGUCCCUGCAGGGAUUAGGGACGCUGCAGCGCUGCUGGAGGACAUGAGGGCGGUUCUAACGGAGUGUGCCAGUGACAAUGUCAAACUAGCCUACACCGGAGAGCCAAUCGUCAGGUGGUCUAAAAGGCCGUCAUGGUACCAGCCCCCCACCCCGCCGGCGCCCGUGUUUUGCCGUUCUCGCAUGGGCCCGUCUCUGCACAAAUCUAAAAAGUCUAAGAAACACACUACCAUUUCGGCGCUGAGGCGCAGGCGGGUAAGAUGCAAGCGCUGCUCCGCCUGCUGCCGGAAGGAGUGCGGCAAGUGCCAAUACUGCCACGACAUGAGAAAGUUUGGCGGUCCCGGGCGGAUGAAAAAGAGCUGUAUGAUGAGGCAGUGUCUGAUGCCUGCCUUGCCAAACACAGCCCGAUGUGCCAUAUGUGGGGAAGGAGAGUUUGACGAAUCGGAUCCCAGCACGUACUCUUUAAUGGAGUGCACUGCCUGUUCGCAGAUUGUACAUCGUCAGUGCGUUAAGGAGCCUGGUGAGGGGAAGAUCAACGAGGACCUGCCCAGCUGCUGGGAAUGUCCCAAAUGCUGCCAAGACUCUGAAUCAGAGUCUUCCAGUGACGAGGAGAGCGACGAGUCGGAGGGCUCCACGUUCAUGCCGCAGUCGAAGCGUUCGUACCAGGAGGAGGGGGGCGUCGAAGGUCCGAGGCGGGGGAAGCGCAGCAGGCUGCCGGGCCGGCAAACGGCACCGCCUCCCUCACAAAAGCUGCUGCUGCAGAGCCGCAAACGAGAGAGCUCGCUGGAGUACAGGCUUAAGAAGAGGAUAAAACUGGAGAGGAGCAAACUUUUAAGAAAACAGGCGUGUCUGGAUCGCUCCCCGCGGCUCCUGGGAUCCAGGCUGCUGUCUCGCCUCCACUCUCCAGUCAGCAGACUGUCUCAGGGCCAGAGCCGGCCUUCGGCUUGGGCAAGUGGCUCGUCCCGCAGCUGCAUUCUGGGAGGCAACGGCUCGUUCGGCCAGCAGAAGUCCUCCCACGGCCUGCUGCUUCAUCCCAAAGGCGAGCCACGCAGGGGUCACGGCAGAGGCGUGCGGCUGCGGGGCGGAGGAGCCGGACGAGGCAUCAGAGGAGGAGGAGGAGGAGGAGGAGCGAGGCAUCCCGAGCCGGAGGACGACACAGAGGACAGCAGCGACAGCACCACCACCAACAACAGCAGCAGCAGCGAGGAAGACGACGACGACGACGAGGUGACGGGAAGUGGGCUGAACCACGGGAGGGGCGGGGAUAAAGGGAGCCUGCCGCAGUCGAGGCGGGGGCAGCCGGCCACGGCGCAGGACGGGCGCGGAAGUGGACCGGGAAACCAAAACGGCGGAGACAAGGCGGACAGAGAGGAGGAGAUGGAGCGUGACAUUCCAAAAGGGGACAAAGAUGGCUCCUGUAUCAAAGUGACACUUCAAAAGCCACCCAGUGCGCAGCAGGACUCCUCGGGUAUUGUCCCUAAAUUAGAGGCCGUUGCUCCUCAAACUGCCGCCUCCACGACACACAACCAGAGCAAACCCCUCGCCAGACCCCCCAUCAGAAACCGAGAGCCUUGUCCCGAUCGGCACGCGACCAGGCUCACACCUCCACAUACCCGGAGCAGACACACGGACUCUCGGUCUUCCAACCCAGACAGGCUGGAGGCUUCAAAAACAAGACCGGCCAGACCGGCUAAACUGAGCAACGGGGCUUCCUCCUCCGCCUCAUCGGAGCUUCACCAUCUCAGGCUCCCUCUCUCUGCCCUGCAGGAGGCGGGGGGAGAAACGGACCGAGACAGUGCGGGGAACGGUCCGAGCUGCGAGAGGGAGGUUUGGGUCUCCGUCUUUCGCUACUUAAACCGAGCAGAUCUCUGCGUCUGCAUGGCCGUCUGCAAGAACUGGUACAAAUGGUGUUUAGAUAAAAGGCUUUGGGCCCGGAUUGACUUGAGCAUCAAGCGCAGUGUGACCCCUCAGGCGCUCACCGGCAUCAUAAAGAGACAGCCCGUCACCCUGGACCUCUCCUGGACAAGCAUCUCCAAAAGACAGCUCAGCUGGCUUAUUGGCCGCCUGCCCGGACUAAAGGAUUUGAUGCUGUCCGGUUGUUCCUGGUCAUCUAUUUCAGCUCUCUGCUCCACCGGGUGUCCCCUCCUCCGCUCCUUGGACCUGCGAAAUGCAUACGGCGUCAAAGAUGCGCAGAUCAGGGAUUUAGUCAUACCUCCAGGUUGCGACAACCGCAGCCAGCUGAGGAACAUGCAGUGCUUGCGGCUUGCUGGCCUGGACAUCAGCGACUCCACCCUGCGGCUGGUGAUCCGCCACAUGCCCCAUCUGACGAAGCUGGACCUCUCCCACUGCAACGGCCUCACCGACCACUCCGUCAACCUGCUGACCGCCGUCGGCUCGUCCACGCGAAACACUCUGACGGAGCUCCACCUGGGAGGCUGCGGCAAACUGACCGACGCGUGUUUGAAAUAUCUCCGCCGCUUGUCGUGCAUCUCUCUGCUGGACCUGCGGGGCUGCAAGGGCGUCUCCAGAAAGGCGUGCGAGGCCUUCAUCUCCGAGCUGUCGGUCAACACGCUCUACUGCCUAUCGGACGAGAAACUGAUCCAGCGGAUAUCCUAGUCGCCGGCCUCCGAGGGCGUGUGGGGGGGGGUCCUGACCUGACUCUUCACGGGGGAAAGUCGCAUGCAGGAGGGGUGGGGUCUGACCCGGAGGGCUUGCUUACUUCGCUGGUGUUUGGUAAAGGGUGUUGUCAAAGCCAGAUCAAUAGGUCUUACGUUCGUUUGUUUUUCUGUGUACCUACAGAGACGCUCAGGAGCCUUUUUUUUUUUUUUGGUGUUCAUUUGAGAACUAGUUUUUGGAAAGAGCAUCUGAUUUUUUUUUUUUUCAUUAGCUGGACUGGGAGGAUGAUUAGCUCAUCUUCCUUCAACAUCCUUUUUUUUUUUUUUUUUUCUUCCGUCUCCCAGUGACUCCCAAUCACAAGCUCCCGCCUUUAGGAAAUUAGUUAAGCAAAGCCUUUAAGUUGCAUCUUUUGGAUAUAAAUAAUGGAUCUAUCGUGCUAAUCCAUCAUACAUUCUUAUUUUCCGUGUGGCAAAGCUGCGUCUGUUCAGUUUCAACGACAUUUGGGUGCUCCUAGUAUAUAUAUAUAUAUUUUUUUUCAUUGUCAGGGUUAAAUUAUCAACUUUUGCUUUAUGCACAACUGCUAUACUUGGAGAUAUGUGUUUUUUUUGUCUUAAAGUUAAAAGGAAAAAGAAAAAAAAAUCAUCAGACUACUGGAAUGGCCUGUGUUUACCAUUGUGCAUUCAGCUUUGUAAUUAAGACGUAUUAGAGCAGUACACCGGCGGUAUACGUUGUUGUAACGCUUGAGAAGGUACAAAGACUGUGAGUUGGCAAUCAACACGGCAUCGAGACCUCACCCCGUGAAAAGGGCAGGUUGGUUUAGGUGUGGGUGGGUGGGGGGGGGCGUAAGCCAAGGACAAGGCGUCAGAUCAAUGGUGCGUUUCCAAACAGCAGUUCAACUUCAGGUGCUAUUACUUUCAAACUCGUAUUGCUUUGUUUUUGUACAGACAUUAAAAGCAAAAAAUAUUGUAGAUGAAACUGCUCCCCACCCCUCUUUGAUACAAUUUUUUUUUUUGUUUGUUAUGGAUUAAAAAAACAACAACAACUUAGUCACCUUUGUUCACCUGUCCAUGUGGAGAUAUGAGAUUUGAUUUGGAGCUCUCGCUCGUUUUGUUUUUCGUUCCCUUCAAGUGUUAAAAGCUGCGCAGCGAAGCUCUCCUCCUCGGACUGCUCACCUGGCCAUAUCCCCAAGAAUGAAUAUAAUUAUAUAAAUAUUUACUUUUGUGUAAAUGUGCUGGGGUUUUUCUUUUUCUUUUUUUUUCUCCUCCCUCUUUUAGAUUAUAAACAGAAAGAUCCUGUAGCAUUGUAAUUAUUUUCAGAAGCUUUUUUCACUUCAUGUCGUGUUAUUUUUCAAGAAAAAUAAAAAAAGUGACUGAU